AUGAAAAUUAGGCAGGAGAGGCUGAACGCAUUCAUCAAGCCAUUUAUACCCAGUGGCAUGAUGUCGGAAACUUUCAAGGUAGUGGUAGCGGUGCCUGAGGGUAGCCAAAGCGUGAUUGUACCCACAAAAAUUAAUAGCUUACAACUAGCGAUCAAGUCGCGAAAAAAUCAGCGCAAGUCCGCUGCGUCUUUGAGUCAAUUUGUUCGCAUUCUAGCUUGCACCGUUAUAAACACACAUACUCCCACGCCAAUAAAGACAUACGGGAGGGAUCGUGUGUUGCAACUAGAAGAGGAGAUCGUGAAAAGAAUGGCAGGUGAGUUCUAUCCGAAAAUUGUGGAAUAUGAGAAUGCUUUGUCCGAACAAGAACGAGGGCUUAUGUUGACUUCGGAACGAGGGGACAUUCGCGUCUCGGGACUCCUGGACAUCAAGGAGAGCGAGCUCGAAAGCUAUCUCACGUCCUCCCCGAAGAUAGGCAACGAGAAAGCAGCAAUUCGGGAAGAUGCAAAGGUGAAGCACCCAGAACUCGAUGCUCUAGAUGGGCUGUCAGCAGAUGAGCUGGCAACAAAUGAACCGAAGGGUGCGCCUAGCGCUGAAGUGUAUGACGAUGAAGUGUAUGACGACGACAUAUCCGAUGCCGGGAACGAGAAGGAGCCGAAGAAAGAGGAUAACUUUGAGAAAGAGAAGAACACAGAAGCGUGCAGCCCACAAGAAAGAAAGGGCUGA